AUGGGGUUUGAGCGGCCAGAAGUAAUGGUUUUUGCAGGAGUAACACAGGAUGAGAAGAACAAAGUAGACGCGCAGGAUUGUGGUAACUACCGGGGCAGCAUGCGGAAGUCAUCGAUACCGGAAGUGCUUUUAAACGUGGUACAAGAUGUGUAUAAUGAGUGUAUGACAGCAGUGAGAAGUGCAGUGGGUACCACAGAAGGGUUUAAGGUGGAAGUUGGAUUACACCAGGGUGUCAGCCUAUUCUUGUUUUCUGUCAUCAUGGAUAAGUUAAAUGAUUGGCUUAAGAAAGGAGCGUCGUGGUCUAUGAUGUAUGCAGACGACAUUGUGUUAUGUAGCGAAAAUAGAGAAGUAGAAAAAGAUCUGGAAAGGUGGAGACAUGCAUUGGAGAGGCAUGGCAUGAAAGUCAGAAGGAAAACAGAGUAUUUCUGUGUAAAUGAGAAGGAAGGAGAUGGCAGAGUUAAGAUGCAAGGGAAAAAUAUCGAGAAAGUGAAUAAAAUGUAG